GGAUCGCAAUUCAUUGUUGCCAGAGGUAUCUUCAGGGUUAGCGUCAGAUAAGGCGCUGGAUGGCCUUGAAAAAUUCAAGCUCAACACCUCACAGCAGAAGGCGGUACUUGAUUGUGUUUCAGCAAUGGAUGAAGCUAGGUGCUGGGUGCGCCUUAUCUGGGGACCACCUGGAACAGGGAAAACCAAGGCCAUCAUAUCUCUCUUGUGGUCAAUGCUGAAGAAAAACCGCAGGACACUAGCUUGCGCUCCGACCAACACGGCGGUUGUGGAGGUUGCCUCCCGUGUCCUCGGUCUUCUCGAGGAUGAGUCCUACGGCGGCGGUGGAAAACACUUCUCCCUGGGCAAUGUCGUGUUGUUUGGCAACGAAGAUCGGAUGAACGUGGAUGAAAACCUUGCAAACAUCUUCUUGGAUUGGCGUGUGUACCGACUUGUGAAUGUGGCGGCGCACUGGAGGCACUAUGUGAAUGGCAUGCUAGAACUUCUUGUGAAGCCGUUGGCCAUGCACUCUUCGUAUCUUAAGGAUGUUCGAUCGGAGCGUACGGGUGAUAUUUUGCGGCUGCAAGGGGUGGGGGAUGCUGAACUAGAGAGGAGGAGGAAGUUGACAUUCAAGGAAUUCUUCAUAGACAAUUACCAAUGUCAUGAGGAAGCACCGCGCCACUGCUUCGAGACUCUCCGCAAUGAUCUUCCCUUACCCGCUAGGAGAUUUGAUUACCUGGAUGAGAUCCUGCGCUCACUCGAAGCUUUCGGGAAACUUCUCCGGUCGGAGCCGGAGCGCCCUCUGGGGAAACUCUUCUUAAAAAACGGGGGGUGGCCAGAGUUCCAAGAAGCAAGAGCAUUGUGUCUUAACAAGCUAAAACACUUGCCCGAUUGGUUUGAUUUGCUUCCAAGCGAUUCAAGCAAAAUCGAAGACUACAUACUGAACAACGCCACGAUCAUACUUUGCACUGCUGCUAGCUCAUUCAAUCUGCGACGUGUCCGUGAUUUCAAGCCGUUUGAGCUCCUUGUUAUCGAUGAGGCGGCGCAGCUGAAGGAGUGUGAGUCGCUGAUACCUCUACAGCUUGGUAUCCACCGUGCUGUUCUUAUCGGUGAUGAAUGCCAGCUACCAGCGCUUGUCAAAAGCAAGCUCAGCGCCGAGGCCGGCUUUGGAAGAAGUCUGUUCGAGAGGCUUUGCUUGCUAGGACACCCGAAGCACCUCCUCGAUGUGCAGUACAGGAUGCACCCGGAAAUAAGCAAGUUCCCCAUCUCAAGUUUUUACUGUAGGAAGGUGACAGAUGGCCCCAACGUCCUUCACAGAGACUACGAGAGGAAGCUCCUGGAUGGCCCAAUGUAUGGCCCCUACUCCUUCAUCAACAUCCAAGGUGGGAUCGAAAGCUCGGGCAUGCAUGGCACAAGCCUGAGCAACGCUGCUGAGGUCGCUGCGGUGACCCGGAUUGUGCAGAGAUUGUCCCAAGUUGACACAAGAAGCAAGCUCAGCGUGGGCGUGGUAUCGCCGUACAAGGCCCAAGUCCGCGCCAUCCAGGAGAGCCUUGCUUUGGAGCACGACAAGUAUUGCGGUUUAUCCGUAAAGAUCCGAACCGUGGACGGGUUCCAGGGUGCCGAGGAGGAUGUCGUCAUCUUCUCCGCCGUGCGGGCCAAUACCCAUGGAUCGGUCGGGUUCCUCUCCGAUCAGAGGCGUACCAACGUGGCGCAAACACGGGCCAAGCAUUGCUUCUGGAUUCUUGGCGACGCGGCUACAUUGUCGAGCAGCAGGACAGUCUGGCAGAAGAUAGUGGCCGAUGCAAAAGAAAGAGGAUGCUUCUAUGAUGGCAACGACGACAAAGACCUCUGUGCUGUGGUGAGUGUCGCGAUCAAGCAGGAUGAAGUCAACCGUCUGCUCAAGAUGGUGGAUGCUCGUCUUGGUAUAUGCAGCUCAUGAUCUUGGAAAUCCAAGAUGGACUAAACAUGAAAUUCUGAACGGGAAGGCAUAGGGAUGUGCGCUGAGCCGCUGACCGCUGAUGCAAACCACAGGAACUUACAGAGCCAUUUUUUCCGAAAAGGAGGAUUACCCUUGGCCUCCGCAUCAAGUGAUACACAUAGAGGAACUUACAGAGCCAAGUGCGCAGAUAACAUACUAACUCUUAGUUUGCACUUUGCUUGUUUGAGCCUAUAGGUUUCUAUUUUUGUGCAUGUAACAUGUUCUCAGAGGAGUUUGGAGUGUGCGGAGCGGUGAUAUUUCGCCUGUGUGAGGUGGAAUAGAAAGGAUAUUACCUGGUA